AUGUUCGAGGCCCCUGGCAUCGGCCUGGCCGCACCGCAAGUGGGCCUGCCCUGGCGGAUGUUCGUCUGCCACGUCGGGAAGGACCCGGACGACGAGCACACCGAGGACCCGCCGGACUACUCGACCGAGCCGAUGGUGGUGAUCAACCCGACGCUGAGCGAGCCCUCGCGGGACCUCGUGCCGUACGAGGAGGGGUGCCUGAGCCUGCCCGAGAUCACCGGCGACGUGCGCCGGCCCAGCGAAGUGACGCUCACGGCGCUCGACGCGAGCGGCGAGGAAUACUCGAUGCGCGCGAGCGGGCUGCUCGCGCGGUGCUGGCAGCACGAGUACGACCACCUCGACGGGAUCCUGAUCAUCGACAAGAUGACGGCGGGCGCGCGCCUGAAGAACCGACGCGCCAUCAAAGAGCUGCCGGACAAGCCGGCGGGGCGCAAACGCGUGCUCACGCCGACACCGAUCGCGCAGCACGCGCUGGGCGAGAUGCCGGAUACCCCCCUGCUCCGGCCGCCGAACAUCAACGAGCCUGCGGCGCUGGCCGAGGCGCGGUCGUUCGAGUGCGACGCGUGGGUGGUGAUCGCGUACGGGCAGAAACUGAGCAGCGAGCUGCUCGCGGACCGCUUCGCGAUCAACCUGCACGCGUCGCUGCUGCCGCGCUGGCGCGGGGCGGCGCCGAUCAACCACGCGAUCAUCGCGGGGGACAACGUCACCGGGAACUCCGUGAUCGCGCUCGCGGAGCGCAUGGACGCGGGGGUCGUCUACGGGCAGUCCGAGCGCCCCAUCGAGCCCACGCAGACGGCGGGCGAGCUGCACGACGCGCUCGCCGGAGACGGCCCGUCGCUGGUGAUGAGGGUGUUGGCCCAGCACGCCGACGGUUCGCUCACGCCCGAGGUCCAGGACGAGUCGAGGGUCACCAUCGCCUCCAAGCUCGCCAAGGCGGACGGGUGGAUCCGCCCGGAGGACGGGGCGGCGGCGUGCCGGGGACGGAUCAACGGGCUCUCGCCCUGGCCCGGGGUGAGCGUCGAGAUCGCCGGAGAGCCGAUGAAGAUCCUGUGCGCGAAAUCCGUUGACGGCGGGCCGGAACAAACGGUGGGCACGCUCGCCGAAUUCCGGGGAGAAUUGGGCAUCGCCUGCGCGGGCGGGACGGCGCUCGUCCCCCUCCGCGUGCAAGCGCCGGGGAAGAAGGAGAUCGAGUGGGACGCCUACGUGCGAGGAAAGCCGUCGCCGAAAGCGAAGCCGCGUCCCCGGCCGAAGCCCAAGGCCCGCCCGCGCGCCAAGCCGCCGACGCGCCGCGAGGGGCCGAUGGCGCAGAAGUACGACGCGAUGAUCCGCGAGUGCCUCGCGGAGCACCGGGUGCGCGUCCGCAAGUGGCGGUCGAACAUGUCCGGCAUCGCGUGGGAGGUCCACUACAAGGACGGCACGGUCACCCGCCUGAUCGAGUCCCCCCGCCCGAGGGGGCCGAUGUCCGCAGCGGUGUUUCUCCACGAGAUCGGCCACCACGCGAUCGGGUUCACGCGGUAUUCGCCGCGGUGCCUGGAGGAGUACAAGGCGUGGGAGUGGGCGCUGGCGGAGAUGGAGCGGCGUGAGCUGAACCUGACGGAUCGCGUGCGUCAGCGGAUGCUGGACUCGAUCCGCUACGCGGUGCGCAAAAGCCACCGGCGUCGCUCUGGCCGGACUCGUGAUGGCAACCGGAUUGCGUCGAUGAAGGGUGUGGCGUUCGCUCGUGAGGUCCCCUACUACCUCAACGCCCAGCAGGUGAACCGGGGCGGCAAGCUGUCGCUCCCCACCGAGCAGAUCCAGCAGGCGUCGGACCAGUUCGUGAAGCGUGUGCAGGACAAGCUCGCCGGCGCGUCCGAGGGGCUCCGCCCGACGUACACGGUGAACUCGCGCUUCGCGCAGCUCAAGACCAAGCUCGCCUCCGCCGCCCGCGCCGAGGCGUCGGCGACGCAGAACGAGGCGAUCGCCACCAAGCAGAAAUCCGGCGACGCCGCCCGCGCCGAGGCGAAGGCCGCCCAGCAGGUGGCGCCCGCCGCCCAGCCCGAGCCGGCUGCGGCGACGACCAACGCGUCGUACAUCGGCGAGCAGGAGCCCGUCCCGACGUCCGGGCCCGAGGUGCAGGCCGGCACCGAGCGGGUCUACAACUUUCAGGACCUGGAGGCGGCGCGCGACCUGAUCGGCACGGCCGCCGAGGACUCGUCGUUCGUCGAGGACUACGACCUCGACGGCGACGGCGUGAUCAGCUUCUCCGACAUCGUCCAGAUGCUCUUCAACUACGACUCCGGCGAGACGACCGCGAAACCCGUGGACGCGGCGCCGAUGGUGCGCCGCCCGGUCACGGAGUCCCUCAUGGUCGGCAGAGCGGGAAUGCUGGUGCUCGCGCUUUCGUGCGCGGCCUCCGCUGGGGAGGGCGAGCCGGUGAUCUCCUUCGCCGAGCCGCUCGCGCUGUCCAUCGUGGGCGUCUCGCCCGACCUGGCGUUCGAGGAGUUCGACGUCGAGGCGGGGUACGACCUCGUCUCCAUCCGCCAGCCGACCGGGCAGGUCGCGCUGCACCCCAACCUCUUCGACGGCACCUUCGGCCCGCCGGUGCUCUUCAACGCGAUGGCGUCGCCGUCCAACCUGCACACCGCGGAGCUGACGGGCGACACGCGUCUCGACCUCGUCGUGAGCAGCCGCACGAGCAACCGCGUCGCGGUGAUGCGCUACUCGUUCCCCGGCGUGUUCACCGUCGUGAGCCGCCCGCUCGUGAGCGGCGCCGUCUCGGAUAUCGCCACCGGCGACCUCGACGGCGACGGCGACCUCGAUCUGAUCACCACGCACCAUGUCAACAACACGCUCACCAUCGCCUUCAACGACGGGACCGGGCAGUUCGGCGAGAACGUCACCCUCGCCACCGGCACGCAGCCGUCCGGCGUGAACGCCAGCGACGUCAACGGCGACGGCCUCCUCGACCUGUGCGUGAGCAACGCCUUCUCGAAUACCGUCAGCGUGUUCACGAACAGCGGCAACCGCGCCUUCAGCCCCCCGACGACCCUCGGGACCGGCAGCCGCCCGAGCGACGUCGCGGCCGGCGAGUUCACGGGCGACGGCCUCACGGACAUCAUGAUGCUCAACCAGUCCAACGGCUCCGUCCGCGUCUUCCCCGGGCUCGGCGGAGGCGAUUUCGGGCCGCCGAUCACGUACGCCGCGGGAUCGCAGCCGUUCGAUAUCGCCGUCGUGGACAUCGACCAGGACGGGGACGACGACGCGGUGGUGGCGCUGGCGCGCCAGGACGAGUUCCUGAUCUACCAGCAGGUACAGGGCGCGUUCGAGGUGCACACGUUCCCGAUCGCGGGCGGGCAGCUCGCCGUCCGCGUGGGGGACCAGGACGAGGACGGGAUGCCGGACCUGGCGUUCACGAUCGACGGGAACAACCGGAUCUUCGUCUACCGGAACACCACCCCCCCGCCGCCGCCGGUCGCGGUGAUUCCCUGCCCGGCGGACUGCGACGGGAACCGGCUCGUGGAUUUCAACGAUCUGAUCUGCACCUUGUUCAGUUUCGGGCUUUCCGGGGUGGAAUCGGUCGGCUCGGACUGCGACGGCAACGGGCUGGUGAACUUCAACGACCUGCUGUGUGUUCUGUUUUCGUUUGGUCCGUGCGACGAAUCCCGGACGCCGAACGGGCCGAAUUCGGACCAGAGAGGCGACCCGAAUGGAUGA